UGCGCCAACUGUGGGACAAGCACCACGCCCCUUUGGAGGCGAGAUGACGUUGGCAACAACAUUUGUAACGCGUGCGGGUUGUAUUUCAAGCUCCAUGGAACUCACCGACCGAAUUCUAUGAAGAAGACGGUCAUCAAGCGGAGAAAACGC